AUGACGGAAGGGACGGAGAGCGGGCCGGUGAAUGUCGGUCAGGUCGGCGACGGCGAGGAGUGGGAGGCGGCGAUGUGCGGGAGCGGGGCGGCCGGCGAGGCGGACCAGCAGCUGGACGCGCCCGUCUACCGCACGGACGAAUUCCGGAUGUAUUGCUUCAAGAUCGUGCCGUGCAGGAAGAAGUUCAGCCACGACUGGACCCAGUGCCCGUUCGCCCACCCCGGGGAGAAGGCCCGGCGGCGCGACCCGCAGCAGUAUAAGUACGCCGCCAUCGCUUGCAUCGACAUGAAGAAGAAUGGCACGUGCCCAAGGGGGGACAGCUGCCCCUACGCCCACAACGUUUUCGAGUACUGGAUGCACCCGACAAGGUGA